AGGACCAAAAGGCUAAACUUCAUUCCAAAAGAGGAACCUUUUCAGCAGGAGAUUCUUCGUUUCGGCUGUCCGAAAUGUCCUAAAAUUCCGGCGUCGAAUUCCGUCAAAUGAAGUCAGAAUCUGCCGUCGUUGAUAGCACCUCCGUCAACUUGAGGUUACAGCCACCACUUCAAUCUCAGCCGUCCAAAAUCAUUUUGGCUGACCUCAACGUUGACCCUCCUGAUUCCGACGCCAAUGAUUCACUGCCCCUUCCUGCUGUGUCUCCUGCAUGUUUCUCCAGGGUAAUAGCUGACGAAAUUUGUCAGGAUAAGCUGAAGAAAGACAUAGAGAUUGCAGAUACAGAAGGUAAACAAUUGAAAAAAUUGGGAAAGUGCCGUUCAAGAAUGGGUAAGUUAGACUCUCCUCCUGAUUGUAAUGGAGCUGAUGCAGAGGCUGAUCAUAAUGUUCAAGGGGUACCUUCAUCUCGGGAAGAAAAAGUUAGCAGCCUUAAAACUGGCUUGAUACAUGUUGCACGAAAAAUGCCAAAGAACGCACAUGCUCAUUUUGUACUUGGCUUGAUGUAUCAAAGGAUGGGUCAGCCUCAAAAGGCGAUUCUGGCAUAUGAGAAAGCGGAAGAAAUCUUAGUUCGCUCUGAGGAAGAAAUAGAGAGGCCUGAGUUGCUUUCUUUAGUCCAGGUUCAUCGCGCGCAGUGUAUUCUGCUUGGAACCUUGGAAGAUUGUAACUCAGAUGAGGAAUUAGAACCUGAAGAGCUUGAAAAUAUUCUUGCUAAACUAAAGGAAGCUGUGAAAUCUGAUGUUAGGCAGGUGUCUAUUUGGAGCUCUCUUGGCAUAAUACUUCUUAGAACUGGUCGUUUACAGAGUGCUAUAUCAGUUUUCUCAACUUUGUUGGACAUUUCCCCGGACAACUUGGAUUGCCUUGGUAAUCUUGGAAUGGCUUGUCUCCAGAGUGGGAAUCUAGAGCUUUCAGAGAAGUGCUUCCAAGAUCUACUUCUAAAAGAUCAGAACCAUCCUACUGCUUUGACCAAUUAUGCUGCCAUUAUCUUGUAUAAAUACGGUUCAGUAGUUGCAGUUUCAGGUGCGGGGGCAAAUGCUCUGUAUGGAACUUCUGCAGAUCAAGUCACUGCAGCCAAUGUUGCCAAGGAGUGUUUACUAGCAGCUUUAAAAGCAGACUCCAAAGCAGCUCACAUUUGGACAAAUCUAGCUAAUGCUUAUAACUUGAUGGGUGAUCAUAGGAGCUCUGCUAAAUGCUUGGAAAAGGCAGGAAAAAUUGAACCUAACUGUUUAGCAACAAGAUAUGCGGUUGGAGUUCACCGCAUCAGGGAUGCAGAGAGGUCCCAGAAUCCCAAUGAGCAGCUCUCAUGGGCCGGUAAUGAGAUGGCCUCGAUACUAAGAGAAGGAGAUUCUACUUCGAUAGAGCCUCCAAUAGCAUGGGCUGGUCUUGCCAUGGUCCACAGGGCCCAACAUGAAAUUGUGUCAGGAUUUGAAAUUGAGCAUAAUGAAUUGGUGGAAGUCAAGGAGCAUGCUAUCUACAGUCUAAAGCAGGCAAUAGCCGAAGAUCCUGCUGAUGCUGUUCAAUGGCAUCAGCUUGGCCUUCAUAGUCUUUGUACCCAACAAUUUAAGACGUCUCAAAUGUACCUCAAGGCUGCAGUUGCACGUCGUAAGGACUGCACCUAUGCCUGGUCAAACCUAGGUAUUUCACUGCAACUGUCCGAGAAUCCUUCUCAAGCUGAAGAGGUGUAUAAACAGGCCUUGUCGCUAGCUACGUCAAAGCAAGCACACACGAUAUUUUCAAACCUUGGAAAUCUCUUUCGCCAGCUAAAACAGUAUGAAUGUGCAAAGGCAAUGUUCAAUAAAUCACUUGAACUCCAACCUGGGUAUGCACCUGCUUUAAACAAUUUAGGUCUUGUAUUUGUCGCUGAAGGAAAGUGGGAGGAAGCAAAGGACUAUUUCAACAAGGCGAUCCAGGCAGAUCCAUUACUUGAUGCUGCUAAAUCCAAUGUGAUUAAAGCUUCUUGUAUGUUCAAGAUUACCAGCAUGUCAUGAUGUCUGAUUCAUUGUAUAAUAAUUUGUCCCCCUGUAAUUAUUUUGUGUCGGGAAAUGAACACCCAAAAGGGGGUGGGGUGGGGUGCGGUGGGGUGGAGGGAGAAAAAGAGAAACAGAAAAGAAGUGUGGAUCUUAAGAUCUGGAAAUCUCAGCUUUUUUGGAGUUUAGUUUGUAUAACUUAGCUCCUUCUGGAGUGUUAGCAAAGUAGAGGUUUCCUUUUUAAA